AUGUCCGGGCGCGGGAAGCAGGGCGGGAAGGCGCGCGCCAAGGCCAAGUCGCGCUCGUCGCGGGCCGGGCUGCAGUUCCCCGUGGGCCGCGUGCACCGGCUGCUGCGCAAGGGCAACUACGCGGAGCGCGUGGGCGCCGGCGCCCCGGUGUACCUGGCGGCCGUGCUGGAGUACCUGACGGCCGAGAUCCUGGAGCUGGCGGGCAACGCGGCCCGCGACAACAAGAAGACGCGCAUCAUCCCCCGCCACCUGCAGCUCGCCAUCCGCAACGACGAGGAGCUCAACAAGCUGCUGGGCGGCGUGACCAUCGCCCAGGGCGGCGUCCUGCCCAACAUCCAGGCCGUGCUGCUGCCCAAGAAGACGCAGAGCUCCAAGAAGUGAGCGCUGCCCCCCCUCCCCGUCCCCCUGCCCCCAUUUCCCUUCUCACCACUGCCUCACCUCUCCUCCCAGUGGGGCUGGGGUUCCCCGUCCUUCCCCUCAGCCCGGGCUGGGUGGUGAGACCUGGCAGCACCCCACCAGCCCUUCACUAGCCCCCCCGGCCUCGGCUGUGGCAUGAUGC